AUGGACAACGGAACAGAGACUGAAUUAGAAAAGAUUAACAUAAGUGACGAAAAUGGUGACGUGAAAACCCAUAAAGAUGUGAGCCCCAACCAGCCCUUCCGAAGACAGGCGUAUGUGUCAAUGGGGUCGUUCCUGCUGUCCUUCAGUGCUGGAGCAACAGCUGGAAUUUCAGCCAUCAUCAUACCACAGCUCCAACAUGACAAGGGAAAGUACAAGUACAAUACCGAGAUGAUGUCUUGGGUAGCGGCUAUGUCAUCGCUGGCCCUACUCUUCGGUAACAUGAUAUCCGGUUAUCUAAUGGAGCGCUUCGGAAGAAGAAUGUCUCAAAUUAUGUUAUCCAUGUUCUACAUCAGUGGCUGGUUGAUCAUCGGAUUCGCAAAGAAUAUAUACUUUAUAUUAUUAGGGAGAUUCAUUACAGGCUUUUGUCAAGGAUGGCUCGGACCACUGGGACCAGUUUUUAUUGGAGAAAUCAGCUCACCCGCGUAUAGGGGAUUAUUUUUGGCAGGAUUAUCUUUAAGUAUAGCAUCCGGUGUAUUCAUGUCUCACUUGUUUGGAACUUUUCUUCACUGGAGUCACGCAUCCUUCUUAUGUGCCCUGUUCCCGUUAAUGGGAUGCAUAAUUUUAUAUUUCUCACCUGAGUCACCAUCUUGGUUAGCAUCCAAAAACGAGAUAGAUGAGUGCAAAAAAUCCUUCUAUUGGUACAGAGGAAAAAGUCUAGUAAUGCAGAAUGAGCUUGAUAAAAUGCUGGUAGAGUAUGAGAAGAAAAAGGAAGUCAAACCGAAAUUGGAAACCCUAAAGGAGAACAUAAGGAAACCGGAGUUCUACAAACCCUUAUGUAUAAUGAUUGUAUUUUUCAUAGUUACCCAGUUGUCUGGAAUCAACGUUAUAUGCGCAUACACAACAGAUAUAAUGGAAGUAUUGAUAGGUAACAAUAAAAAUACCUACACGGCAAUGUUAGCUACAGACAUUUUGCGAGUUGUGGCUUUAAUAUCAGCUUGCAUUCUUUUACGUCGGAUAGGCCGAAGACCGCUCGCUAUAUUUAGCGGUGUGUUCACAACUAUAUCGCUAGUGACUCUAGCCAUAUACUUAUAUCUUGUUGAACAGCGGAUUAUAAGGCAUAUAUCACCUUUCAUAUCAUUAGGAUUAAUGGCUAUUUACAUCGUAGUUUCUAAUUUAGGUAUUUCUCCAUUGCCAUGGAAUAUGGUUGGUGAAGUUUUUGCAUCAGAGACGAAAGGAUUAGGAUCUGGUAUAAGUGUUUCUAUGACAUCUAUGGCUUUCUUUGGAACCGUGAAAACAGCGCCAGCCAUGUUCCACAGUAUAGGGCAUCACGGUACCUACUUGUUCUACGGCCUUUCCACUCUAUGUGGGACAAUAUUCCUUUACUUUUAUCUCCCGGAGACUAGAGGCAAAACCUUAUUACAAAUAGCUGAACAUUUUAGACAUGGUAAUAAAGAGAAGAACAAACAAACGAAUAAUGAAAAUAAUUGCUGUGUGUAA